AUGCCUUUGGUUGGCACGGCCCUGUCCAUCGAUAGGCUGCUGGGGCUGCACCUAUUCGACAGCGCAUUCAGCGUGGCUGGCCACAAGCUUCGGCCGCCGCUUAGCGCAAACAGGGCCGCCAGCACAGCUACAAAUCGCCCCGCAACUCCAUCUGCCUUAUCCACCUCUUCUUCUUCUUCUUCCAUAUCGUCUUCCUACUCAGCGACAACAACAACGACAAGCCCAUCGUCACACUCAUUAUCAUCAGCUUUAGCGCUGCUCGGCUUCAUCGCCCGCAACGCAGAACCAUCUUCGGCAGUCUCUUCUCCGCCCUGUUUGACGGCCUCGCCGCUGUCGUCGCCCAUUGCAACCUGGCCAAUGGCGCAGCUACCGGUCGAGAUUUUUGAAAUCAUCACCCGGCAUCUGAGCCGGGCUGAUAUCCAGACCCUCCGCCUGGUGUGUCGAGAGUUUGAGGCCAAGGUCUCGGCCCAGUAUUUUCGCAAUGUCGUCGUGCCCUUCCGCUCGGAGCUCUACACCAACCUCGACCGUGAUGAGAACAACGUCAUCGCGUCUCGCCUCUUUUCCAGCGGCAUGCGCAUCUUUGAGUCGUUUGGCCCUCACAUCCUUCGCUUUGCCCUGUCGCUCGAGCUAGACGAGUUCACGCUCGCCUAUCCGCCCGUCAAGCCCGCCCAAGAGGCUGUACCCGCCUUCUGGGGCGUCUAUCGAUGGCCUCAUGAGACCUAUCAUCGCUACACGGAUCUCGAGGGCCUCGAGCAGACCGCCGAUGAGACUGACAGCAUGAAAAAGGCCCUCCGCUGCCUGACCAAGGUAACUAACCUUGGCCUCUGCUGUGAUGCCGGUCUAGGCUUCCUUGUCGGCCCUGACCAAGCUGUACGAAAGAUCAGCAACCCUGACCCCGUCUUUGGUACCCGAGACUGGCGUCCGGAUGGUCGCUCCAGGAUUAGUGAGGCACAGGUUGCCGUAUCUGACUUUAACGGCGUGCCUCGGGAUCUCACUAAUGCCACUACUCAGCAUGACAACUUCAAGCGUCGAGUUCUGGAAAAGAUGAUCUCCGAUGCUGGCUUCGCUGGCUUCUAUGUCCAUGAAGCCAUUGACCUGUUGCUCGAAACAGAAGGCGUCACAAUCUCCAACAUCGACUUUGAUGAGCGUGAGGCUAUCGUCGUCGAGGAGCCUCCUCCUCAGCCCCAGCAGGCAGCAGCAGAUCGAGAUCGACGUCACACCCGUCGGGGCCAGCAUCGCUUCUUUAACCCGCAGCUUGCCGCACAGCAACAGAUACCCCCAGUGCACCAUAUUCCACCGAUUGUGCAAGCGAUCCCUCACCCACAGCCGCCUAAUAACCAUCAGUUCCAACAUCCGGGACAUCUCCAUUUCCAUGCGCCCAACGCCAUACCCUUCCCGCCUGGGGUUCUACCUCCACAUCAGCAAGUGCUUCACCGCCCGCGCCGGACUGCUGAAAACUUGUCUGAGCGGGAGCCGACGUCGGAUCCCAACAACCGCCAGCCUCUUAUCCCGACUAACCUCACGCGGGCCCAGAAAGAGCUGCUUCUUGAGUUGGAGUGGGCGCACCGCGCCAUGAUCCAGUCCUAUGUCAUCAGCAUCAUCGAUAAUGCUAGAGAUGGCUGCUUCAGCAAUCUGACCAACGUGACCAUUGCCAAGAUUCCCAGCGCUCACGUCCAUAUUCUCUGCCGCAAGGAGCUCUGGGAGAGUCUGCCCUGCGUUAAGAACGUCUCCAUUGCCGUCAUUGCUGACUGGAGAAAGAUUUCAAAGCCUUCUCCGGGUGUUGUCGCCGAUACCCAUGUGUCCCCCGUCGAGGCUGUUCCUAAGGUCUACAAGCUUCUCAAUGACUACAUCGGACGGCGACACACCAUUGAAAACGUUCAUUUUGAAUGGAUAUGUGGCGGCGAGUUUGCCCGGGGCCCGUACCAGCGCGGCCAGUAUAUCCUGCCGGCCCCCUUUGUUGAGUCUGCAGAAUUGAUGAGUGCCCCCGAUGGCGCCAAAGACGUGGAUAAGCUUCUGGAUAUGCCCUAUGUCAAGCACUUCUCCUUGAAAAACUGCUGGGUCUCGCCCCAUGUUCUUAUGCAAACCAUCCGUUCCAUGGCGUUGCACUCCCUUGACAAGCUGGAGCUUGAGUCUGUCUCUCUUUCCGGACCGCCCGUUUACUCUGUUCAGCCAGCCAACGUCCCUCAACCUGUCGACGACGUCGGUAUGCCGGUUCCCGCAUUGUUCCAGGGCCUUGUUGGCCCCAUGGCUGCCGGCCCCGUUGCACCGGCCCCCAUGUUCCCCCCAGUUGCAAUGCCAAUGCAGAUGCUUUUGCCCGAGGAACAGCUACCUGAGAGGCUUGCGAUGCCAGACCUCUUUACAUGGUCUGGUUUCUGCGAGCACUUCAGCCCCAGCAUCAAAAUGCGCUACCUUCCCCGUUUUCGCGAGUCGGCCGGUGUGGACGGUGAUGCAGCCGUCAGGCCAGAGGAGCUUUCCCUGCCGCACGCCAACAAGGACUCUUUCCUGCCACAUGCCGACCAGCUCAAUGUCGAUGAAGCUCAGUACAACCUGAGUUCGAUAUCUUUCAAGUCUUGCGGCUAUGUGUUUGUAGAUAUGCGCAGUCUCGACAUUCGGGCUCUCCUGCCGCCGGAAGGCCAGGCUGCUCAUGCCUUUGCGAGCAGCCUUCGCCAUGAUAUGUUUCACUCAAUGCAAUACUGCAAGGAUAAGCUCCUCGGCCGUAUUAUGCCAUAUAUGCUCUCGUCUGAAGCGAAGACGCUUGAGCAAAUUUUCCUCAUGGAUCAUGGCUGGAGCAAAGUCUAUGCCAGUCACAUUUCCGAUGAUGCUAUUGCUGAUGGUUUCGAAAUGCCUGGCUUGGGGCGCUUCUCCGGCACCCUUGCCAGAAUCGAUGACAACGAGGUUGAGAUGAUUGGAUGA